AAAUUGUGGUUUUGGAAGUGAUAAUUCUUAUAAAAUACCAGAGUCUGACAUUUCAUUUGAUGCAAAGACGAAAAAAAGUGCCUGAAGCAACAUCCCAGCUGAAGAUCUUCCACGUUUACACAUUCGAACUCCUCCUACAAGAGUCCACAAAUCACUGCCGAGUUCGGAGCGCCUGCAAGCUGGACUCACACUCUACUUUGCUUACAAUGUUACAGAAAAUUAUCUUGAGCUUAUUGCUAGCGACGUGGUUCUCUGUUGACUGCAACCCCGGGCCAAUCGACGAUAUUUUAAUUGAUCGAUACUUCGUUCCUAAGCGCUGCGUCAGAGAGGUGAAAUCUGGAGAUUUUGUCCGGUAUCACUAUAACGGCACUUUUACUGAUGGAAAGCGGUUUGACUCUAGCUAUGAGAGAGGUACUGCAUUCUUUGGACAGGUGGGUCAAAGAUGGCAAAUUGCUGGUGUGGACAAGGGCAUUCUGGGUAUGUGUAUAAAUGAACGCAGAAAGAUCACGGUGCCUCCUCAUCUGGCCCACGGUAGCAAAGGAGCAGGUGAUACAGUGCCACCAGACACAACAUUAGUGUUUGAUCUGGUUUUACUGGACAUUUUUAACAGGGCAGACCAGGUUCAGACCAAAGUUAUCAGUACACCUAAAGACUGCAGGCGCUCUGUUAUGAGAACAGACUUUGUGCGUUUUCACUUCAAUGGGACAUUGCUGGAUGGAACUGUUUUUGACUCCAGCUACAAGCGUUCCCAGACGCAGGAUUCAGUCGUUGGAGAAGGUUUGCUCAUAAAAGGCUUGGAUGAAGGCUUGCUUGGCAUGUGUGUGGGUGAAAUACGACACUUCAUCAUCCCCCCAUUUCUGGCGUUUGGAGAACAAGGAUAUGGUACAGGCAUUCCUCCUCAUGCAUCUGUAGAAUAUCACAUUCUCCUGGAAGACCUGCACAACCCUAAAGAUGACAUCAUUGUGGAGACCCUGAAAUUGCCUGAACCAUGUGCUCGCAAGUCUGUUGCAGGCGAUUUCAUUCGUUACCAUUACAAUGCUUCCUUCCUCAAUGGCAUCAUGUUUGACUCUAGUUAUCAACAAAACCAGACGUACAACACUUACAUCGGAAUGGGCUACAUGAUCGCCGGCAUAGAUAAAGGCUUGCAGGGUGUUUGUGCAGGAGAGUGGAGAAGAAUCAUCUUGCCGCCUCACCUUGCCUAUGGCCAGCAGGGGGCAGGUAAGGACAUCCCAGGUUCAGCUGUGUUGGUGUUUGACAUCCACGUGAUAGACUUCCACAACAUCAAAGAUCCUGUACAGGUGGAUGUUUUGCAUCGAUCUGAGGCUUGUAACGAAAGCAGCGAAGUGAAUGACUUUAUUCAGUACCACUACAAUUGCUCAUUGUUAGAUGGCACGCUUCUCUUUUCAUCACAUGACUAUGAGACGCCACAGAAUGUGCUUCUUGGAGGAGAUAAAAUAAUUGAUGGCCUGGAUGAGGCGCUUAGGAAUAUGUGUGUAGGAGAGAGACGAACAGUAAUCGUACCACCACAUCUUGGACAUGGAGAGAAAGGAGCUGGUAUUGUUCCUGGAAGUGCAGUGCUGCGCUUUGAACUGGAGUUGUUGUCUCUGCAAAAGGGGGUUCCUGAAGGAUACCUGUUCAUUUGGCUCCAAGAUAGUCCAGUUCAGCCAUUCGAGGCUCUAGACAUCAACAAGGACCAUCAGGUCCCAUUAGAUGAGUUUUCACAGUUCAUCAAACAGCAAGUAUCAGAAGGGAAAGGUCGCCUUAAACCAGUUCGAGAUCCAGAUAGUGUCAUAAGGGACAUGUUCAAGAACCAAGAUAGAAAUGCUGAUGGCCUGAUCACAGCGGAUGAGCUAAAACUAAAAGUGGAUGAAGAUUCAGAGAAAACGCGCCAUGAAGAACUUUGAAAUAUUUUCAUGUAAGAAUAAAAGCAAGAGACUCACAAUGCUGAGGCUAAAGGAAUGG